UGUCAAUUUACCCCGGACGCUGGGUAAAUUGGGACGGCCAUUAUUUUACCGAUUAUUUCUUUAAAAUGAAUAAUUAAAAUAAUGUAACGGUUUUUAUCACCUAGGUACGUUCAAGACUCAACUUAUUUCUUUGGUUGGGCAGUGACUAUUUAAUUGGAACUGUUUUAAAAUUCAAUCUGAAGGUCGAUUUUGUCCCUAUUUACCCCAUUGUACGGUAAUAUCUAAAAGUGGAUAUAUUCUGUGAUCGCAGUUUCUGGUUUGACAAUCAUUGAGAUAACCCGGCAACCGAUAGGACUGUUUGACUCGAAUAUUCUAGAUUCCGCAAAUUUUGAACAGCGUUCAUCGUGCUCAUAUUCUUCGCUUUUGAAUUCUGUUAAUUAAAAAUCGAAAUGGCCAAUGCAGUAAAACGAUUGGUUCCUCUUCUGGACCGUGUCCUGAUCAAAAGAGCUGAAGCUAUAACCAAAACUGCCGGAGGCAUUGUCAUCCCAGAGAAGGCUCAAUCCAAGGUUUUACACGGAGAAGUAGUAGCGGUCGGUCCUGGAGCCCGAAAAGAAAAUGGAGACUUCAUCCCCGUUCAAGUUAGUGUGGGUGAUAAAGUUCUUCUUCCAGAAUACGGCGGUACUAAAGUAAGCCUUGAAAAUGAUGAGAAAGAAUAUCAUCUCUUCAGAGAGUCUGACAUACUGGCGAAAAUUGAAAACUGAAUGAUGGUAGCUUUAACAUGUGAUUCUAAUUCUGUUAGUUUAGUUGUAGCGUGCGCAAAUGAAACGUUGAUAUGGUCGUGUAUUUUUUGUGAGGUAUUGAUCUUAUCUCAGUUGCAAUACUUGCAUUUCUUAUUAUAAUAAUAAUUAUUGUUAUAAA